UGCUGUGCGAAGCAACAUAAUAACCAGGACCACCUACAUGAUGAAAAAGCAGAUUACUAAUAUGACUGUAGCUAAAUUCAUGGGUAUUUCUCAGUGCCCAGCAUUCCUGGCUAAUGCAAUUACAAGCCAGCUGUCUCAUCCAAAGAAAAGCAUCAUGGGUCACUUUGUCUGGCAGUGUAUGGAAGUGAACAACACAUUCCUGAUGAAGAAUGCUGUAAAACUUUGUCAAAUACAACCUGACCACAAUAUCCUGGAGGUAGGGUUCGGGGCUGGAAUUGGAUUGCAUGAAGCCACAAAGUUCAUGACGGGCCCGGAGGGCAAGCUGUUUGGUCUGGACCCUUCUGAGUACAUGCACAAAGUGGCACAGGAGCGGCUGGCUUCUCACCUGGGUGCAGGUAAAGUGCACCUUCUGCGGGGGCAGGUGGAGAGCAUUCCCCUACCUGAUAAAUGCAUCCAUGGAGUCUACCACUCCAACUGCCACAUGUACUGGCCCGACAAGACUGCUGCUGCCACCGAGCUACUCAGGGUCAUGAAGCCAGGUGCAAGGAUGGUAGCCACAGUGGACAUGGCAGUCCUCAGGGGUGGGGUCAAGCAGGGCUUCUUCCAGGGCAUGUCUAUAGAAGCAGAGCCUUACAUGGAAGCCCUGAAUGCCGUGGGCUUUGUGGAUGUGCACAAGGUAGAUAAGCAAGAUGGGAGCCGAAACUUCCUGGCCAUCUUUGCUACGGCUCCCCCCACCUCAGAAUGUUCCGGAGCACUGCGAAGCUACGCUGCAUUGAAUUGAAUUAGUCAUUUAGCAGACACUCUUAUCCCGAGCGACUCACGCUACUUAUUACAUAGCAUAAUUGCUCCCAUUUAUACAGCAGGAUGUAUACUGAAGCAAUGCUUAACUGCCACCCACAUACACAUCACAGGACACAACAGGGCUCUGACAUCACUCUUAACACAACACAACAUCCUCAUCACUGGUAAAAAAUAAGGGAAUUUAAGAAAAAACA